GGGAAAAAAAAGCGAGCGGUUUUUGGCGGGAGUUGGAAGGCUGGUGAGAAACAGCAGCAAUGCAGGCAUUUCUGAAAGGUCCAUCUUCAAUCAGCACUAAACCCCUAUCUACCAAGGAGCGGGGAACAACAGCCACUGCAGGAGGCAGUGGGGAGGGCAAGAGGGUCAGACCCGUUCCCUGGGUGGAAAAAUACCGCCCAAAAUGCAUAGAUGAAGUUGCAUUUCAAGAGGAAGUUGUUGCUGUAUUGAAGAAAUCCUUACAGGGAGUUGAUCUUCCCAAUCUCUUGUUUUAUGGUCCACCUGGAACUGGAAAAACAUCCACUAUCUUGGCAGCAGCCAGAGAACUCUUCGGGCCUGAACUGUUCCGGCAGAGAGUCCUUGAGUUAAACGCAUCUGAUGAACGUGGAAUACAAGUCGUUCGAGAGAAAGUGAAGAGUUUUGCUCAGCUAACAGUGUCGGGAAGUCGUUCAGAUGGAAAGCCGUGUCCCCCUUUUAAGAUUAUAAUCUUGGAUGAAGCAGAUUCUAUGACCUCAGCAGCCCAGGCAGCUUUAAGACGGACCAUGGAGAGAGAAUCCAAAACGACACGCUUCUGCCUUAUCUGUAAUUACAUCAGCCGGAUAAUUGAACCCAUAACAUCUCGAUGCUCUAAAUUUCGGUUCAAGCCCCUUUCAGACAAAAUCCAACAGCAGAGACUUCUAGACAUCGCUGAAAAGGAGAAUGUGGCAGUCAGCAGUGAGGCAGUCUCUUAUCUUGUUCAUGCAUCGGAAGGAGACUUGAGAAAAGCAAUCACACUUCUUCAAAGUGCUACACGAUUAACUGGUGGGAAAGAGGUCACUGAGAAAAUUGUCACCGAAAUCGCAGGGAUAGUCCCUAAAGAAAUGUUGGACGGAUUACUAACUGCCUGUCAGAGCGGUUCAUUUGAGAAACUGGAAACUGUAACAAAGAAUCUGAUCAAUGAAGGUUACGCAGCUACACAACUUAUAAGCCAGCUUCACGAUAUCAUUGUUGAGAGUGAGGAUCUCAGUGACAAGCAGAAAUCUGUUAUUGCAGAGAAACUUGCUGAGGUAGACAAGUGCUUGGUGGACGGUUCUGAUGAGUUCUUGCAGUUGAUCAGCCUCUGUGCAGUAGUGAUGCAGCAACUAAUUCAAAAUAGCUAACUUGCAAGGUGAAAUUAUUUACUUUUAACUGCUCCACAAGGAACUUAACAUUUUUGGAUGACAAGCUAUUUGUGUACUUUUUUUUUGUAAUAAAAUACAACUAAUGUGAA